AUGCAGUAUCUGCUUUACCAUGCAGCGGUGGAGCAGUGGCUGGUGGGGCGCGCAGUGCUGCCGAUAGAGAACAGCCUGGGCGGCUCCAUCCACCGCAACUACGACCUGCUGCUAAGGCACCGUCUGCACAUCGUGGGCGAGGUGCACCUCCCCGUGCACCACUGCCUGCUCGCGCUGCCCGGGUCCACGCCCGGCCAGCUCACGCGCGUGCUCUCACAUCCCCAGGUGGGUGUGGGAGGAACUGGGGAGGACGGGGGGCGGAGGGGUGGAGUGAAUGGCGAGCGUGAGGGGAGGGCGUGGCAGGAGGGUGAGGCGGGCUGUUGCUGCGCCGGCAGUGCAACGUGCUGUGCUCGGCCCGUCCACUCGGUUCACCUCUCUCACCUCCCCUCUCUUCCUCCUCCCGUCUCUCCCCACUUCCCUUCCCUCCACCUCUCUCCAACGGCGUUGGCGCAGUGCGAGGCGACGCUGACGCGCCUGGGAGUGGUGCAGGAGGCCGUGUACGACACUGCGGGGGCCGCCCAGAUGGUGGCGAAUCAGAAGAUGGAGGAUGUGGGAGCAGUGGCGAGCACACGGGCGGCGGAGAUCUACGGGCUUGAGAUCCUGGCGGAGGGCAUUCAGGACGAGGCGGACAACUUCACGCGCUUCCUGGCGCUGGCAAGGGAUCCCGUGCUGCCGUCCACCGACCGCCCCUUCAAGGUGGGUGCUGCCCUCCACCGACCGCCCCUUCAAGGUGGGUGCUGCCGUCCACCGACCGCCCCUUCAAGGUGGGUGCUGCCGUCCACCGACCGCCCCUUCAAGGUGGGUGCUGCCGUCCACCGACCGCCCCUUCAAGGUGGGUGCUGCCCUCCACCGACCGCCCCUUGA